GCGAAUCCAUACUCCAUGUUCUCCCAGUCCUGGUCUCCUCCGUACGGUUCGCUUUUCUCCUUCGUCUCCCUUCCUCUUGCUCCCGUUCGCCCCCUUCCCACGUCCUUCCGCCAACAGCUGUUUUGGCUCGUGUGUUUGUGCAUCUCAAGAAGUUUCUCUGUUGAUCUGUUACGUUGUUUGUCACGCGGAGUUGCAAUCCAUUUCAAAAUUUGCUUGAGAGUCAAAGCGGCCGCAUACUGUCUGCAUGCGAUGGAUGUUUUGGAGACAAAGCUUCGCCAGUGCACUGUGCGUAUCAGCGAGUGCGGCAGGAGACGACUAUGGUUCACGGCCCUGGCCCUGCUGCAGGAGUUAAGCGUUCAUAGGCUUGUGCCCAGCUUGAUCAACCACAAUGCUGCUAUCACUGCAUGCGGUAGGGGUCAUCAGUGGGUUCGCAGCUUGAGCAUUCUCUAUGGUCUCGUGGAUCGAAGCAUUGUAACCGAUGUGAUCUCUCACAAUGCUGCCAUCGGCGCGUGUGAGAUGGCCCACCGUUGGAAGGAGGCACUGCGAGUGCUGCGAGGCAUUGGGCGUGUCAGGCUGUCCCCAAACGCGCGGUCCUACAACGUGGCAGUCAGCGCGUGCGAGAGGCGCCACCGCUGGGAGCAUGCGCUGUCCCUUUACAGGGACAUGUGGCACCGUGGUGUGGACCCAGAUGCGGUCACCCUCAGCUCAGCGAUCAGCGCGUGCGGAAAGGCGUCCCAGUGGGAGCGCGCCCUCGGCCUGCUGAGCCGGGCUCAGCAGGCCAGGGUCGCCCUGAACAUCGUCGUGUACACCGCUGCGGUCAACGCCUGCGAGCUGGGCGGGAAGUGGGAGGAGGCUCUCGGCCUCAUCGCGGCGGCGCGGCUCGACGGGGCGCGGCUGGAGCUGGUGGCGUGUGGCGCGGCGACGUCCGCGUGCGCCAGGGGCGCUUGCUGGUGGGGCGCCCUGGCGCUGCUGGAGGAGGCCCGCCUCCUGAGGCAGGAGCCUGGCAGCGUGGCGUACAGCGCGGCCGCCACCGCCUGCGAGCGGGCGGCCCGGUGGCAGCGCGCGCUGGCGUUGCUGGACGAGGCCGGGCCGGCCGGGGGCGCGGUGCUGCAGUGCGCGGCGAUCGCCGCCUGCGAGAACGGCAGCCGUUGGCAGCACGCGCUCCAGCUCUUCGGGCAGAUGUCGCAGGCCGGGCUCUCUCCCAGCGUCUUCGGCUUCUGUGGGGCCAUCAGCGCGUGCGAGAAGGGGCGCGAGUGGGAGAAGGCGC